AUGAACCGGAAAAUAGAACAGCAAACUCAAGAUGAAAUACGCUUUUGUUCACCUGGCAAGCAUCAGUCCAAAGUAAGUGACGUCAAUGUCAGACAUACUUGUGGGACCGAAGGCCAGUUCAAGUUCAGAGGUCGCACAAGUUUCUUUUGGAUGCAAAGUUGUGGAUCCAACAGUCGGAUUCCUAUCGUCUCUGCGAUCGAUAGUUGUCUGGAUCGUACCAGUCAUGAUCGGUUCAUAGGUACCCGGUAUAUGAUGUUGGGUGUCGGCGCCAUGGAUGAAACUGGAAUACGCAAACCAUGUUCGAAAUCAGCCACGAGCUCACCGAAAAGAACGAUUAGUCCAGAGGUUCGGAACUUGCAGGUACGUCGUGGAUUUCAUCUGCCAACCGUGGAAGCAAACCUACAGAUACUGCGCUCCCCCAGGUCGGAUGAAAGUACAACAGACUGUCUCCCUAGUAGCGCAUCCACCCCGACCACUUGGGGUCGAUCAUCGGUCGAUGAGCGAGUCGCACCUGCAGCGUACUUUAACCUGAAUGCACCCCCAGAUGAAUUCCCCGCUUCGCCCAACUCUUCUUCUGGUUACGGUUCUAAAGCCCCAUCGAUGGGGGUACGAACACCAAUAUUGUCCUCCAGCCGCAAGAUUGUACAAAUCGCCGCUGGAGCACCCGACACUCAACCUCAAAAAUCAGAAUCUCUAUUCAGUGGAAUUCGGGCUGCAUUUAGCCGCUGGCUGGACAAUAUUCGGUCGAAGAACCCGAAAGCUACGCUUAGUCGUCGUCCACCGACUGAGGCGGCUGGGAACAGUAAAUCGAACGACGAUUCACGGAGAACCACGUUGUCUCAAAGUUAUCCGACAAGGGAUUUGACGAGUCGGCGUGCCCCAAACGUCCCCGCUCCACUGAAAAUAGCUGCCUCAUGUGAGUUAGAGCGCGAAUUUACUGACCAGAAGGUGCGUGGUUCGAACCCGACCUCUGGACUUCUCCUGUCUAGGCUUAGGCAACCUGGCAGUAUCCCAUCCCUCGUGUUUCCUUCGGGUGGCACGACAGUUAGGCACCGGAAGGGUACUACAGCUGAUCGAUUAUCAACCAGCGUAACCAUAGGUUGCGGCCAAAUCACAGAAAACAUGAAACCGAAUUCGCCCACAUCGUGUGCAUCCAAUGACUGCCAAGAUGUAUACCUAGCUGCAGGCGAACGCACAACACAACAGAAGGAAGUAUAUGGCGAGGUGCCAAAGGAACCAGAGCAUUUUGUGGAUACCAUGGCGAUGACUGGAUGGUCCACGCUAACAACAGAAGAAUUUGAGAAGCUCGCUAAAGCAGUCGCUGCGGCGACCACACGUGAAGCACAAAUAGAAGCUGCGGAGAAACAAAGACGGGAAGCUGCCGCUCGGACUUCUGUGAAACUCGUUGCAUGCGACCAGAGCUGGAACUUGCACCCGUCUGGUCGGACGUCUGAAGUUACGACUGUUCAAGAUUCUGUGAUUGAGUCAGGAUUCUGUAAAGAACAGAACAUAAAGGAACACUCUUCGAUUGUAGACCAUUUGGAAAGCUCCUACAGUGUCGUAGAACCUGCGUUCGCAUGUAACUGCAUCCAUAAAAGCACCCUCCUUGGGCAAAGGUUUUCCGGAUCUGACCUUCAGUCAACUUCCGGCCUAUACCAAAGCCGUAGCAAAUGUACGCAAUAUGAAUCAUGCAUGAUAUUAUGCCCUGUUUGCCAAAAUGGAUCUGAACCAGUCCGAGAAUUGCAAGCAAGUUGUUGUACGGAAAACCUAGAGCGCCGUCUGUGUACAAACGUGAGCCAAACUGGAAGCGGAUCUGAUGAAUCUGGUAAUGACUGCAAACGGCUCUCCCGUUCACGGCGUGGCACACUCAAGCAUAAAUCAAGGAGUAAGAAAUUCGACUCCAGCAAGAGGUACAGCGUCGCGGCGCCUGAAGUGAUCCAACUAGACAGGAAAACAAGCGGUUCCCAGCUAGGCUUGCGUAUGUCGCGUCACCGCUCGCUAUCGCGCCCCACCCGAUCAAUAUCCUGCCUGCCGGAACUGGUCGUAUGGAGUGACUCGAGUUUUUGUGGAACAGCCAUUACACUGUCUCUACACAGGUUCAACAGAUUUUGUGACUUAUAUUCACCCAUAUGCCGGGUGUGUAUUGCACUACUCAUUAGGUUGCUGAAAAUUCGCCAACAGCCCAAGACCGGUUUCACCCUUCUUGGGGCUCAUCAGAAUGUAUCUAAGCGAAUGAAUGUGCCGCCUCAUGUUUCAGUUGCCACGAUAUUCGAGAUAUCGCAGUAUAUUUUCAUAAAGAAAACUACUCACAAGGUUGCUGAGAACUCUUCGACAACCCACCAACGGUUUUGCCCUGCUUCGGGAUCAUCACUACUGAAAGAACUCCAUCGUUUAUACACUACUCAUGAGGUUGCUGAAAACUCUUCGACAGCCCAUGGCCGGUUUCGCCCUUCUAUUUCGGACCCAUCAGGUAGGCACAAUCCUCGAGUUUCCGUUAGCUUUAUGCUCUACGUGAACCCAAAAUGGACCGAUUUCGACGAAUGCACUCAUUCGAAAAUCAAUUUGGUUAUCACGGGAGACUCAAGUAAAUCUCUCAUUGAUGAUGUUCUUCAACUGAAUGUGGUACACACAGUUCGCAUCAUAUUUCAAUUCGUACGAUAUUCGAGAUAUCGCAGGCAAGAGUUGAUGAGUGAUUGUCGGUUUUUGACGGAACGCAGCUCACAAUAUUUAUUAGAUCUACAAAAGGAUAUUAGAUGGCUCAGUGGUGAGAUGACUCAGUGGUUAGAGCCCAAAUUUACCAACCAGAAGGUCCAUGGUUCGAACCCGACCUCCACCUCUCGACUUGCCUUGUCUAGCUUUGGGCAACUUGGCGGUAUCCUAGCCCUCGUGCUCCUUUCGGAUGGCAUGGCAGACACUCCGUCCAAGACCAAGGGUGGCAUCCACAGCUUUGAAAGUGGUCACUGGUGGUUGAAAACGGAAUGGUGGAAGGAGCUACGAGUUCACAUAUGGACAGUGGGGAAUGAUGGCCAGAUGGCCCAGCGAUUAGAGCGCGAAUUUACUGACGGGAAUCCGACCUCUGAACCUCAACUUCUCCUGUCUAGGUUUGGGUAA